AUGUCUAGUGAAAAGCCAGUGUCUGGACCCCAGACAUCAAGUGUGGUGACAGGAAGUUCGCAGGCAUUGCAGCCUGCAGAAGAUGACAAUUCGAAGUCGUGUUGGGUGUGUUUUGCGACGGAAGCCGACGAUAGGCUGGCGGCAUGGGUGCAGCCCUGUAAAUGUAUUGGCACCACAAAAUGGGUCCACCAGAGUUGCCUCCAACGGUGGGUAGAUGAGAAACAGCGAGGCAAUAUAACUCGAAAGGUCCUGUGCCCUCAGUGUAAAGCGGAGUAUAUAGUGGUGUUUCCUUCCAUGGGAGCCUUUGUAGCACUCCUGGAUGCCAUGGAGGAGAUUACUCACAAGAUCUGCCCUUUCAUAGCUGGUGGAGUGCUAUUAGGGUCCAUCUAUUGGAUCGCUAUCACAUAUGGUGCUGUCACCGUCAUGCAAGUGGUAGGUCACAGAGAAGGUUUAGAAAUGAUGGAGUCCGCGGAUCCACUAGUGCUACUAGUGUUACUUCCCACAAUUCCAGUGACGCUCAUCAGCGCCAAGAUGUACAACUGGGAGGACUCGGUGCUGCUCUUCCUCAGAAAGUAUUGUGCGAAGAUACCUGCCUUAUCCUAUAUACUACCGUUUGGCAACGUGGAAGGCGACAGAGGUGCAAUAGUGACUGGAAACAUUAACAACCAAAACCCCAAUGCGAGCAACCACUUAUCACCCACAAGAAUAUUCUGCUCAGCGUUACUACUACCUACCAUAUCCACUAUUAUAGGCAAGAUAUUCUUCCGUUCCAUACAAAAUAAUUUACACAGGACAAUAUUAGUUUCACUUAAAAGAUCAGACGGUGGUCUGAAACUGCCUAUCAUAAUAAGUUUUAUAAUAGGAGUGUUCUACAGCUUGGCUAGUGUGCAAUUAAAAAUUCAAACAAGCUUAUCAAGGAGUGAAGGAGCUGUAAGGUCAUUCUGUAAUCCAAACUUAAAAUGGCCAAACUUUUGA